UCUCUAUCUCCCUCUCUCUCUAUCUCUUCACAAACACAUGAUUAUUUACAUUAUAUAAGCUUCUGUUCCAGACAACUUUUUCUGCACUCCUAGUCCUUUUUUUCCUUCAACAAAACAAAACCCUCUCAAUAGGAGGGUGGUGAUAAUCAAGGAUCGAAACCCAAGAAAGAAUGGGUUUCCUUUUACCAACUACUCUGUUUCUGUUUCUGUCUCUGUUUGCUCUGUUUUCCCACCAAACAGAGGCUGAGUUCUUGAACUCUUUCUCCACCACCAAUGCAACAACCACCAUUUCCAGAAAGCUCGCUGGAGGAAGAUGCAACUGGUUCCGUGGCAAAUGGGUCUACGACCGUUCCUACCCUCUCUACAACCCUUCUACCUGUCCCUUCAUAGAUCCACAAUUCAAUUGCCAAAAGUACGGUCGCCCUGACACACUGUACCAGCAAUAUAGGUGGCAACCCUUCACUUGUCCUUUACCAAGGUUCAAUGCUUGGGAUUUUCUGCUGAAAUACAGAAACAAGAAGAUUAUGUUUGUAGGUGACUCUUUGAGCUUGAACCAGUUCAAUUCACUGGCUUGUAUGAUUCACUCUUGGGUGCCAAACACAAGAACCUCAUUCUCAAAGCAGAACGUUAUCACCACAAUAACAUUUGAGGAUUAUGGUCUUCAAUUAUUUCUAUACCGCACACCAUACUUAGUAGACCUUGAUCGUGAGAAAGUUGGACGUGUUCUGAAGCUGGACUCAAUAAAGAGUGGUAAUGCUUGGAGAGGGAUGGACGUGCUGGUAUUCAACACGUGGCACUGGUGGACCCACACAGCAAACGCCCAGCCGUGGGAUUAUAUUCAAGAGGGUAACAAGUUGUCCAAGGACAUGAACCGAUUCAUUGCAUUCUACAAGGGUUUGACAACUUGGGCUAGAUGGGUUAACAUCAAUGUAAAUCCAGCCCAAACCAAGGUCUUCUUUUUAGGAAUUUCUCCUGUCCAUUACGAGGGGAGAGAUUGGAAUCAACCAGCAAGAUCAUGCAUGAGGGAGACAGAACCUUUCUUUGGUUUGAAGUACCCCGCAGGGACACCAAUGGCUUGGGUAGUGGUGAACAAGGUUCUAAGCAGGAUAAAGAAGCCAGUGACUUUUCUAGAUGUGACUACUCUCUCACAGUACAGGAAAGAUGCACAUCCUGAAGGGUAUAGUGGGAUUAUGGCAACUGAUUGCAGCCAUUGGUGUCUUCCAGGACUUCCUGAUACUUGGAAUGUGCUUCUGCAUGCAUCUCUCUUUGGUUGAAGACUUGAUAUAUAGCUUAAAUUAUUUAAUAGGUGCAAUUUAUUAGAGGAAAACUUGUUGUUUUCUAAUGUAGGAAAUAGUUAAUUUGGCAUUUUGGCUUCUUGAAAUUGGACAAUAAAAGGGUUGAUUUGAUGCUCCUAAUUGUAAAUUUUCAUAUUAUUUUGCCAGAAACAUGCAUUCAUUGUACCGAAUUACACUCCCCUUUGGAAUAUUGAAAAGCAUUUGCAUUUUA